CUCGAGGACUUCCAUCGAGCAAUAGAGUACCUCAAGCAAUACUUGAGCAUUGCUGAUGAAGUCGGUGAUAGAGCAGGUGCAGGACGUGCCUAUUGCCAGCUCGGCUGCGCUUACAAUUCCCUCGGUGACUCCCAAAGAGCAAUAGAGUACUACAAUCAACACCUCAGGAUUGCCAAGGAAGUUGAUGACAGGGCAGGUGAAAGAUGUGCCUAUGGCAAUCUCGGCCUUGCUUAUCACAACCUUAAUGAAUUCCAAAGAGCAAUAGAGUACUUCAAUAAAUGCCUCAUCAUUGCCAAGGAAGUUGGUGACAGGGCACUGCAAGGCAACGCCUAUGCCGAUCUCGGUCGUGCUUAUCACAACCUUAAAGAAUUCCAAAGAGCAAUAGAGUACACCAAUAAAUGCCUCAUCAUUGCCAAGGAAGUUGGUGACAGGGAAUGUCAAGGCAAAGCCUAUAGAAAUCUCGGCGCUACUUAUCACAACCUUAAUGAAUUCCAAAGAGCAAUAGAGUACACCAAUAAAUACCUCACCAUUGCCAAGGAAGUUAAUGACAGGGAAGGGCAAGGCAAAGCCUAUAGAAAUCUCGGCGCUACUUAUCACAACCUUAAUGAAUUCCAAAGAGCAAUAGAGUACACCAAUAAAUACCUCACCAUUGCCAAGGAAGUUAAUGACAGGGAAGGGCAAGGCAAAGCCUAUAGAAAUCUCGGCGCUACUUAUCACAACCUUAAUGAAUUCCAAAGAGCAAUAGAGUACUUCAAUAAAUGCCUCAUCAUUGCCAAGGAAGUUGGUGACAGGGCAGGGCAAGGCAACGCCUAUGCCGAUCUCGGUCGUGCUUAUCACAGCCUUAAAGAAUUCCAAAGAGCAAUAGAGUACCACAAUCAACACCUCAUCAUUGCCCAGGAAGUUGGUGACAGGGCAGGUGAAGGCAAAGCCUAUGGCAAUCUCGGCGAUGCUUAUCACGACCUUAAAGAAUUCCAAAGAGCAAUAGAGUACUUCAAUAAAUGCCUCAUCAUUGCCAAGGAAGUUGGUGACAAGAAAGAGGAAGGCGAAGCCUAUGGCAAUCUCGGUGGUACUAAUCACAACAUGAAUGAAUUCCAAAGAGCAAUAGAGUACAACAAUAAAUACCUCAUUAUUGCCAAGGAAGUUGGUGACAAGGAAUGUCAAGGCAAAGCCUAUAGAAAUCUCGGCGCUACUUAUCACAACCUUAAUGAAUUCCAAAGAGCAAUAGAGUACAACAAUAAAUACCUCACCAUUGCCAAGGAAGUUAAUGACAGGGAAGGGCAAGGCAAAGCCUAUAGAAAUCUCGGCGCUACUUAUCACAUCCUUAAUGAAUUCCAAAGAGCAAUAGAGUACACCAAUAAAUACCUCACCAUUGCCAAGGAAGUUAAUGACAGGGCAGGGCAAGGCACAGCCUAUUCCACGCUCGGCAGUGCUUAUCACAGCCUUAAAGAAUUCCAAAGAGCAAUAGAGUACUUCAAUAAAUGCCUCAUCAUUGCCAAGGAAGUUGGUGACAGGGCAGGGCAAGGCAACGCCUAUGCCGAUCUCGGUCGUGCUUAUCACAGCCUUAAAGAAUUCCAAAGAGCAAUAGAGUACCACAAUCAACACCUCAUCAUUGCCCAGGAAGUUGGUGACAGGGCAGGUGAAGGCAAAGCCUAUGGCAAUCUCGGUUGUGCUUAUCACGACCUUACAGAAUUCCAAAGAGCAAUAGAGUACUUCAAUAAAUACCUCAUCAUUGCCAAGGAAGUUGGUGACAAGAAAGAGGAAGGCGAAGCCUAUGGCAAUCUCGGCGCUACUUAUCCCAACCUUAAUGAAUUCCAAAGAGCAAUAGAGUACAACAAUAAAUACCUCACCAUUGCCAAGGAAGUUAAUGACAGGGAAGGGCAAGGCAAAGCCUAUAGAAAUCUCGGCGCUACUUAUCACAUCCUUAAUGAAUUCCAAAGAGCAAUAGAGUACGCCAAUAAAUACCUCACCAUUGCCAAGGAAGUUAAUGACAGGGAAGGGCAAGGCACAGCCUAUUCCUUGCUCGGCACUGCUUAUCACAUCCUUAAUGAAUUGCAAAGAGCAAUAGAGUACACCAAUAAAUACCUCACCAUUGCCAAGGAAGUUAAUGACAGGAAAGGGCAAGGCACAGCCUAUAGAAAUCUCGGCGCUACUUAUCACAACCUUAAUGAAUUCCAAAGAGCAAUGGAGUGCCACGUGAAACACCUGAGCAUUGCCAAGGAAGUCGGUGACAGAGAAGGAAAAGGACAUGCCUAUUUAGACAUCGGCGACGUUCAUAAAUCCCUCGGCGACGUGCCACGAGCAAUGGAGUACUACAAGCAAUGCCUGAGCAAUGCCGAGGAAAUCGGUGACAGGAGAGUACAAGGAAGAGUCUAUUGCCGCCUAGGAAUUUGUUAUAAAAGCCUCCACAAAUUAAAGGAAGCAAUAGAGUGUUACAAGCAACACCUGAGUAUUGCUGAGGAAAUCGGUGAUAGGAUGGCAGAAGCAUGUGCACAUAAAGGGCUGGGUCACUCCUUUUGGGCAUCACAUUCUUUUAAUGAGGCUUUAGAACAUUUUAGAUGCUGUGUUAAAAUCGUUGACACUAUUAGAGCCAAUUCUAUCUCAGAAGAUCAAUUGAAAAUAAGUUUCUGUAAGCAUCAUCAUUGUGGCUAUACUCAUUUAUGGCAAGUUUUAGUAAAUCUUCGAAGGCAUGAUGAGGCUUUAUACGUUGCUGAGAGGGGACGAGCACAGGCUUUGCUUGAUGCCUUAAAAGUAACUUAUAGCCUUACAUCACUUUCUCCCAGGUCAAUUGAAUCUGAAGAAGUAGUCAGAUAUAUUUCAAAGAAGACCACAGUGUUAACAGUUUUUCUUGCCCUGGAACAGAACCUACUCAAUAUGUGGGUAUUGCAAAAAGAAGGCAACCCUAUCUAUAGGCAGUUGGACUUAGGAGGAAUUGGAAAAGAGCACGAAGAUUCCUUUACUGUCCUUUUAGACACUGUUUUAAAAACCAUUGGGGCUGGCAGAGGUAUCAGGUGCGAAAAUCGUUCAAUGGAUAAGAUGAGUGAUGACCAAAGUUCAACUACUCGAGAUGAUGAUCAAACAUCGGAGCCAAUACAGGGGACCACCGACCUUUUACAGCCAUUAUAUGAUGUAGCUCUUGGUCCCAUUGAAGACUUGCUUGAUGGUGAUGAACUAAUUGUAGUUCCUGAUGGCGCUUUGUCUAAAGCUCCUUGGGCAGCCCUGAGUGAAACUUUAAGGAUUCGCACUGUUCCCUCACUGACAAGUUUGAAAGUCAUCAGAGAUUCUCCGAGUGAAUACCACAGUAAAAGUGGAGCCCUAUUUGUUGGAGAUCCAUGUUUGAAGAAAAUUACAAAUAAAUGGGGGAACCCCAUUUAUAAGCAACUGAAGUACGCAAAAAUGGAAGUGGAGAUGAUUGGAGAAAUUCUAAAGAGUCAACCCUUAACAGGUGAAGAUGCAACCAAAGAAGCGGUACUUCAGAGAAUCAAGUCAGUGUCUUUGGUUCACAUUGCAGCCCACGGAAGGCCGGAAACCGGAGAAAUUGUUUUGGCCCCAGACCCCCGAUGGAAAUCCAAGCCUCUUAAGGAGGAGGACUAUAUUUUGAAAAUGUCUGAUAUACAAGCUGUGAAGCUGAGAGCAAGGCUAGUUGUGCUAAGUUGCUGCCACAGUGGUCAAGGAGAGGUCUCGUCUGAGGGUGUGGUCGGUAUGGCACGUGCUUUCUUGUUUGCUGGUGCUCGUUCCGUGCUGGCGACACUCUGGGCAAUUGAUGACGAAGCCACAAUGAUGUUUAUGAAAUCUUUCUACCAACAACUUGGAAAUGGAGAAAGUGCAAGUGUUGCUCUUCAGAGAGCCAUGAAAUGUCUUCGAGACUCCCACGAUUAUUCUGCCCCAAAGUACUGGGCUCCUUUUGUUCUGAUUGGGGAUGACGUUAAGAUUGAAUUGGAAGAAGAGUCAUUGAGCAAGUCGUAA